UCGCAGUGCCGCUACCUGGACGGCGGACUGCAGUGAUAAACACAAACACGCAGUCAGUCAGUCAGCCUUAACAGGCAGCCAACGGCGACGUCAGUCUGUGGAGCUUUUGGACAUCUAUCGCUGCUCUCCUCUCCUUUCACUGGCUUCUCUCACUCGCUGCUCGCGGCCUUUGACGCUUCAAAACCGGGGACGCUUUUUGACGUUUGACCAAGCGUUCAAGGAAUAACCGACGCGAGAGCGAGUGAGCGGCCGUCCUCGCGAACCUCCUUUCCCCGGCUUCCCUCACCUCUUCUCGGGGGGCGGCUUACUCCAAGGUCCCGGCGGCUGAGGCGACAUGACUGAGCUUCGGCGGCGAGGGGGCGGCGGGGAAGACCUGGACAGCACGGACAACAUGAGCGAUAAGGAGGCCGAGGGCGAGGAGGACAGGUUGUUGGGCCUGCAGGGUGACAUGGAGGGCGAGUGCGACGUGGACACCAAGGCGGAUGCUGCGGGGGUACCAGCGUCCACGGCAGACACUGAUAACACACCACAGUGUCUCAACAAGGCUCUAGAGGGACUGCACCCGAGAUGGAAAAACUACUGGAUCCGAGGAGUUUUGUCCCUUGCCAUGAUUUCUGGUUUCUUCCUCAUCAUCUACCUGGGACCAAUCGCUCUCAUUUUGAUUGUGAUGACGGUGCAAAUCAAGUGUUUCCAGGAAAUCAUCACAAUCGGCUACAAGGUCUAUCGCUCCUACGACUUGCCCUGGUUCAGGACGCUCAGCUGGUACUUCCUGGUGUGUGUCAACUACUUCUUCUACGGUGAGACGCUGGCCGACUACUUUGGCGCUCUGGUGCAGAGAGAGGAACCUCUGCAGUUCCUGUCUCGCUACCACAGAUUCAUCUCGUUCGCCUUGUACCUGGCAGGUUUCUGCAUGUUUGUGCUGAGUUUAGUGAAGAAACAUUACCGCCUGCAGUUUUACAUGUUUGCGUGGACCCAUGUGACGCUGUUGAUUGUGGUGACUCAGUCACACCUUGUCAUUCAGAACCUGUUUGAAGGAAUGAUCUGGUUCAUCGUGCCCAUCUCCAUCGUGAUCUGCAAUGACAUCGGAGCCUACCUGUUCGGCUUUUUCUUUGGACGCACCCCACUCAUCAAGCUUUCGCCCAAGAAGACGUGGGAGGGAUUCAUCGGAGGCUAUUUCUCCACCGUCGUCUUUGGAUUCAUUUUGUCGUCGCUGCUGUCCCAGUUCCAGUACUUCGUGUGUCCGGUGGGCCUGAGUAGCGUGAGCGGCAGCUUGUUCACGGUUGAAUGCGAGCCAUCCGAUUUGUUUGUGCUGUACCAGUACAAACUGCCGGCACUUGUACGCAACUUGCUGCCUUGGGAAACGAUGACGUUGUACCCGUUCCAGAUCCACAGCAUCUUCCUGUCAUCCUUCGCGUCGCUCAUUGGCCCUUUCGGCGGCUUCUUCGCAAGCGGCUUUAAGCGAGCCUUUAAGAUCAAAGACUUCGCCAGCACCAUCCCGGGACACGGAGGGAUCAUGGACCGCUUCGACUGUCAGUACCUGAUGGCCACUUUCACCCAUGUCUACAUUGCCAGCUUCAUCAGGGGCCCCAACCCGAGCAAAGUCCUGCAGCAGCUUCUGAUGCUGCAGCCUGAGCAGCAGCUGAAUAUCUUCAACACGCUCACCACGCACUUGAAGGACAGAGGGCUGCUGCCCCCCACGGAGUGAUGAGGGGGUGGCGACAGGCGAGUGUGUGUGAUUGUACAACUAUGUACUCAACAACAACACACAAGUGUGUCAAACUGAGGACUCUUCAUCUGACUUGAACCCUGCGCUAGCUAAAAACAAAACAAACCAAAAAAAAUGCUGUCAAAAAUACUGAAAACAACAACAAAGUCUUCCGCCAGUUUUGAAGCAUUGCAUCCAGCCGCCAUCUUUGACCAGGAAGUGGUCGAAGCCCACGUUGCACUGAUCCAACAAUGAAACAAGUUGGUUAGCGGACUAGCACAUGCGCUAACCGACGACCGGCCACUUUAGCCCGCACACUCAGUCACCAAAGUAGACCACACACUUGCUAUAUGCUAAUGUACAUAAAAAAUGUUGAGCUAAUAUAUAGCUACCCAUGAUAAUAUAUGCAACAACAACAAAAAAUCUAACGUAGCAAUUCAAUGUAGCUCGCUAGCAUUCACACAUUUAGUAAAUUUGAAAGUUUAGAAGGUGAAAAAAAGUUUUAUAUUUUAAGAGUAGUUAGACAAGAGCAUCAAAUUACAUAAAGUUAACAAAACUUUAGAUGCUAUAGGGUGGAAAAAUGCUAGCAACUAGCAGAGAUACUAAAAGGCUAUAAAUUCAUAGCUAAAUUUUAUAGUUUUAUUUGUGAGUAGUUGGACAGGGGCAUAAGACACAUAAGUCGACAAAACUUUAGACGCAAUACAAGUUUCUUAUGCUAGGGAAGUUAGCAGUUUCUUGGCUGUUACUAGUUUGACUACAUAGUGUUAGCUCAUUGUACUAACAACAUUUGAGCAUGUGUGUGGCUGCAAAACGCUAAACUCUCCUUUUAGCAUUUACUACUGAAGUUGAAGAAGCACUAAAAUGUUCCUACCGCUAAUGACGCUAGCCGCACUGAGCGCCCCAAAAUGCUAGCAGAGAUGCGAAAAGGAUAUACAGCAAUUAAAAUUACACUAUUUUUAAAAAUUAAAAGUAGUCACUUGUGUUACUAAUUUAGCUUCAUUAGCCGCUCAGUCAUUGGCUGAUGAACAAGUUAAUACUGUGACUUGCAGCACCGCUUUUAAGAGUUUCUCAUGCUACAUAAGUUAGCAUUUUCUUGACUGCAAGUUCGUCACGUUAAACUACAAAGCACUCAUUUGUUCAGCUACACUUGAGCAUGUGUGUGUGGCAUAAGGCUAGUCUGGCUGCUGUGAAAUUGCUAACCCAUUAGCAUUGUACUACUGACGAAUAAGAACUAAAUGUUCUUACCCGCUAUUGACACGAGCCGCACUGAUCGCCACUUUUUUCUAGAGGCUUUUAUUUCGUGACAUCAAAUAUAUUAAGGAUGUUUUUGAAUGUUUGCCAUGAAGACGAUAUUUUAUGCAAAAGAUGUGCAGUUAAUAUUUUAUGCAAAUUUUGUCCAAAUGUCGACGCGAUGUUUUGGACAGGGAAAAGGUUUACCAAAGGAUUUUUUGUUGUUUUGUUUUUUUUAUUAUAAUUUUUUUUUAACUUCCUGCUGCUUUCUUCCAGAUGAACUUCGGGUUUUUUUCCCUCCAGGACAUUUAUUUUUAAAGUUCCACUGGGACCAGACGAGGGUGUUUUAUUGUGAAAGCACGCCACUUGAUUUUGAAUAUGUCAAUAUUCAUAUAAAUCAUACGGUGCAGGCUUUUCAGACCCAAAUUUGAAAAAGUCAAAACGAUACGAGGUGUGACAAUUAAGAAACAAGACUCACAACUCGAAGCCAAUUGGCCGACACAUCUCGAUGCCGAUUUGUUCACUUAUCUUGCUCUGCGUGCUUUGUUUUCAACAAACAAACAAAAAUGCCGUAGACAGGCUAGCAGAUGGCUAGGCGUGUUAUAACCAUUGAAGCACGGAAUAUUUGAACACAAACAGGGGUGCAACACAUGAAGACAGAUAAUAUAACAAUACUCAGGCAUGUAUUCUUUAUCCUUUGCGAAGAACGACUAAUAUUACUGCAGCCUACUAAGGAGUUGUGACAAUCUCGUCCAUCACUGUUUGCUGUAUAUCCGUAUUUAUGGAUGGAUGGGUUAUACUACCCCCAGGUGGCCAAGGCCAGAAGGAGCAGCACAAUAUACAUUAAAUUGAAGCAAAUAACUUUGCAAAAAAAUAUUUACAUUCUAUUUUAUUCUGUAAUUACUGUAUGUGUUUUUAAAUUACAUUAUUUAGUGCUGUUUUUGUUAAAAAAAAAGUUUUUUUGGGUGGCUGGAAUGGAUUCAAUGUAUUUCCAUUCAUUUUGAUGGGGGAAGAUGAUUUGAGAUACAACUGUUUUGUGUUACAAGCGUGAAAAAAGCACAGAGUGAGAUAAUGACAUCAUAAACAUAUGAUGGAAGUGUCCAGAUGUUGCAGAACACUGUGACAACAGUCAGCCUUGUUUCUUUAUCGUCACAAUUUACACAUAAACUUGAAAAUGUUUGACUGACAAUCGGCUCCCCAAUUUUUUUUAUUUCUAUUUUUUUUUCCCAGUUUGGGAAACCGUUUUAUGGAGGUUCUUUGAAGCCAAAAAGUAAAUUAUUGUAAAAUUUAAAAAUAUUAAUAUAAAAUUUACCCCCAUAAUGUGCAUUUCAAUUGUUCUCUUGACAGACUUGCACAUUAGAAAUUGAUUAUGAUUGGGUGUAACAUCGUUACAUAUGCCAGUUAACUCUUAUUCUGUCUGUUAUUGUUUUUUGUUUUUUAGAAUAAUUAUUUCAGGAAAAAAACGAACAUUCAGUGAUGGUGUUGCUUUUUAUUUAUCAUCCUGUGAAUAUUUAAUUUGAUGUUUAUUAUGGUGGUGAUGAAGGGGUUGAGAUGAACACGGGGUAAAUAAAGUCAUUUUAAAACAUU